AUGGCAACCAUUAGGGGCUCAAAUACUUACGUAUGGGACACAACCAGACUGUUGGGACAGGGAGCUACCAGUGCCGUCUAUAUGGGCAGAAACAAGAGAACCGGAGAUGAAGUUGCUGUCAAGGUGUUCAACUCCCAAAGUUUCCACCGUCCGUUUGUUGUCCAAAACCGAGAGUUUGAUGUCAUGACAAAACUCAAGCAUGAUAACAUUGUCAAACUGCUGGCCAUUGAAGAAGAGAUGACCAGUAGGACAAAAGUGAUAGUGAUGGAGUACUGCACCCACGGCACCCUGUAUAACCUGCUGGAUCAGCCUGAGAAUGCCUUUGGGUUGUCUGAGGAAGAAUUUCUGUUGGUGUUGAGCCAAGUCACUGCAGGAGUGAAGCACUUGCGGGAUAACGACAUCAUCCACAGGGACAUCAAACCUGGCAACAUCCUCCGAUCAGUGGCACAGGAUGGCAGGUCUGUGUAUAAACUGACAGACUUCGGAGCUGCCAGAGAGCUUCAACAGGAUGAGGAGUUUUUCUCACUGUACGGCACGGAUGAAUAUUUGCAUCCAGACAUGUAUGAGAGAGCUGUGCUGCGGAGGCCCAGGGGCCAGCAGUUUGGUGUCUACGUGGAUCUGUGGAGCCUUGGUGUGACUUUCUAUCAUGCUGCCACUGGCAACCUUCCAUUCAGACCUUACGGGGGACGGAAAAACAAGGAGACUAUGCACUUGAUUACUGCUAAAAAAGAGCAUGGAGUCAUAUCUGGAGUUCAGGAGCAACAAGAUGGACCAAUCAAAUAUAGUCGAGACCUACCGCUGACCUGUCGCUUGUCAAAAGUGCUUACUUUAGGGGCCUGGGAACAUUUUAUUAGAGGUUCAGAUUUAUUCUACCACAUGUUCUGUACUUCCAUGUUCUCUCAAAUUGUUGUCUACAUCCGGCAAAAGGAUGACAUGUCCCAGCUGCGACAGCUGAUCACCGAUCAGACCGAAAUUCCAGGAGGGGCCCAGCUUCUUAUGCAUGAUGGGAAAGUUUUGAAAGAUGAUUCUCGUAAUCCUGUCAUCAAGUACCUGAAACACUCGACUGCAGACAACCCUAUCUUCAUAUUCAACAAGCUGCCCGAAUACAAGAGAUUUACGAGACCUGUAUAUGGGACAUUUGUGGACAUCCCUUUGGAAACAAAUGUGGUCACAGACUACCCAAUCAGCAAGCGAUGUUUUUCCGUUCUUCAUUCUGUGAAAAACUGUGUGAAAAUCCUCAUGCUGAAUAACAUGUUUCUCACAAAAGCAGUUAAGAUGUACUGCAACUACGUCCGCAGCAAGAGUAUUCAGCUGGAGUUAUCCACAGGCUACGCAACCCGCAUGUGCACGGACACAAAGACCUGGCAGGACCAACUGUUUUCUAACCUCAGCCUGCAGACCAAAUUGUCCAACGGUCUGGACUUUGGAGGGCGGCUGAAUGUGCUGCAGACGUUACUGGAGACCGGCAAAAGAGAGUGCUCACAAAUAAGUGCACAGGUGCAGAACAGACUAGACAAAGCUACAAAGCACCUGCAAGACUUGAAAACUGCCCAGGCCCUAGAUGACAACUGGGACCCAAGUGUUGGCUGUUUACCCUCUGACAGAUGCAACGAGAAGAUGGAGCAUCUGCUGCAGAGAAUGCAGAAGAUCAUGAAUUCAUUCCGAGAAGACCGGAGCAAGGCACCACUGAGCAACAACGAUGAACAAGUUCACAGAUUUGACAAAAACAAGAUGAAAGAGCUGUGUCUUAUGGCCCAGACUCUGGUAGAUGAUGACUGCACCAAAAAGGCCAACCAACUCUACUCUGCUUUCAAACAGCUCUAUAGCAAAGCUGUUCAGAUCCAUGACACUGGGGAACGGCUGGAGGCCUUGGUGUCGGACAUCAGCCACAUGCAGGGCAGGCUGGUGGACAAGCUGAAGGUGUCAGGGAAUCAGUGCAUCAGUCAGCUGGAGACUUGCUUGAAGGCCGUCGAUGUUCCGGAGAAUCACACAGAUGGGGUGGUGACAAAUAAGGGGGACAACUCUAAUUCCAGUAAUGGUGUAACGAUGGGCAGUCGACAGGAGCGGCUAGACAGUGUGUUGGGCAGCAUACAGACCACAUGUUCAAGCCUGGAGGAGGUCAGGAUCCUCUUGUCUGAGAACACCAGUCUCAUCGAAAAGUUUAAUUCUCUAGGGGAGACCACUGAAGAUGAUAAAUCAUGGGAGUAUGUACCUUGA